AUUUCAGUAAAAAUGGAAGCAUGUUUUUUGAAUUCUUGGUUGCUCUCUGUAUGCAUAUUUAAUAUUAUUUACCCAGUGCAUAGCGAGAUUAUUUCACUCAAUAAACAUCAGAAAAUUUCUUUCAAAACUUACGAUCAUUUGGAUAAUUUUGAUGAAGUGUUAACGUUAACACGCCUGGCACUGGAUAUGAAAGCAAACGUUGCGAACACCUUUAGUUUGGCUGACGUAAAUGGACCUGAUCGCGUUAAUGAUAAUACAAUAAGUUAUACAGUGGAAAACUAUUCAUCUUCUAAGAAUAGUUCUUGUUACCUUGACCUAACAUACGCACAGGAUAACCUUUUAGAUUUUAACAAUCCUUGGGCUAUGAAGAUGUUUGAUUCCUAUGGGAAGUUAGACAGCGGAAUUUUGGAAGGCAAUGUAAAAUGGGCCGGAGACUAUUAUGAAUGUCUGAAUGUUUAUGCGCCUCCGCAAGUUAAUGGUACAGCUGGAAAUUUCCGAGGGAGAUAUUGUUCCCUUCAGUGGGAUAUUCAGCUCAAAAAUUUUUCUUUAUCAGUGACAUCUGGUGUAUGUAUUCCUGAUACAUGUAGUUCUUCACUUCUGAAAAAUGACACUAAAACUCUUUUACGAACAGCUGAAGCUAUGCCAAUGCUGGAUAAGUUUAGUUCAUUAAUGAAUAUAAAGUCAUUAACUUGCAACAGGACUUCCAGAAGACUCAAUUCUGCGGCAAUAAUUGUCAUAUGUUUGAUGUCCUUUUUCUGUUUACUGGCAGUCUUAGGAAGUUCUAUAACGAUAUACGAGCAUUACUGUAUAAAGAGAAAUGCAUUGUCAAGUAAUCCUGUUGGUGACUACCAAAAUACAAACCAGAUCAAUGGUGAAAGCAGAAGUAAUACACUAAAUGUUGAUGACAAGCCUUCUCAAAGUAAUCCGGAACCAGAAGAAAAUGUUGCUCAAGUGAUGUUUGAAAAAUGCAAACCUUUUCUAAAAUGUUUUUGCCUACUUACCAAUGGAUCUAAAUUGCUAAAUACGAACAAAACUGAAGGGCAGUUACUUUGCGUUCAUGGAAUUAGAUUUUUGAGCAUGGCAUGGGUCAUUCUUGGUCAUACUUAUGCAAUGUGCAUCACUACAAUGAAACGUCCAUUGCAAAUUCUGGAAUUUGUUGACAAUUGGCCUUUCCAAGUAGUUCUUCAAGGAUUUUUUGCCGUGGAUUCUUUUUUUGUAUUAAGUGGAUUCUUAUUGACUUAUCUUUUUAUGCAAGAAUGUAACAAGAGAGAUGGCAAAGUGUCUUGGAUUUUUUUUUAUGUUCACCGAUACGUAAGGCUUACUCCAGUAUACAUGAUGACAAUUGCUUUUUCUGCAACUGUUUAUUUCUACUUAGGAUCAGGUCCUUACUGGUCUAAUUCAGAUACCGAUGGAAGUUGCAAAACCUACUGGUGGUGGAAUAUACUUUACAUAAAUAAUUUCGUUGAAUUCACGAAACAGUGCCUUAUUCCCAGCUGGUACUUGGCAAACGAUAUGCAGUUUUACGCAAUCAGCCCUUUAUUUUUGAUUGCAUUGUAUAAGAAGCCCAAAAUCGGUUAUUCUCUUCUUGGAAUAUUUUUGUGUGGGACUUGGCUGGCUAAUUUUUUUAUUACAUACAAAUAUGAGUUAUUUGCUGGGAUGAGUAUGCUUGCUACCUCUGAUAAAAGCCGUUUACAAGAAAUUUUUGCCAAAAAUAACAGCUACAUGGAUAAACUCUAUCUGAAACCUUACACCAGAAUUGGUCCGUAUUUAAUUGGUAUAUUUUUAGGCUAUUUUAUGUACGAAGCCAAAAAUAAAAACAGAGGCAAAGAUAAUUGGGUAACUUUAUGCUGUGGAUGGAUUAUUGCUCUAACUAUCACAUUAAGUUCUAUUUUUGGUUUGUAUCACACAGAUCCAUCAUUAAUUGCAAUUUGUUUUUAUAACGCAUUCAGUCGUCUAUGUUUUGCAUCUGGAUUAUCUUGGAUUAUUUACCUUUGCCUUACAAAACAAGCAGGUGCUAUUGAUAGCAUUCUUUCAUACAAGUUAUUCAUACCAUUAAGCAGACUAACUUACUGUGCAUAUCUGAUUCAUUUCCCGAUGAUACUAGGAUAUUCUGCAGCUCUCAAAAGUCCUUUGGAUUUCUCUCACUCAUCUACGGUAUUGUACUUCCUGGGAUUUUUACUUGUUUCAUAUGGACUGGCUGUACCUAUGUCAUUGAUAUUUGAAUCUCCCAUUAUAGGUUUAGAAAAAUUACUAUGGAAAAAAUUUAAAAAAUGAAACUCAGUGCUAAUAAAUUACACUAUUUUAUAAUUUAUGAUUUCAGUAAAUAGCCAUAUUACAAAGCCAUCUGGUUUAAAAAAUCAGUUUUUAUCAUUUUUAUUGUAUUGAAAAAUAUUCAUUUAUACUUAAAUUAUUUAUAUAAUUUUACAUAAAUUCUGGCAAAAACAAAUAUAAAAAAACAUCAUGAUUUCUUUUAAGUAUAAAAAUAUCAUGACUUAUUUUUUAAAAAUAAAAUAAAAAAAAAAAAAAAAAAAAAAAAAAAACCUGCUUUUCCUACAUUAACUUAUUAAGUGGUUAACAUGUAUUAAAAGUUUUCAAAGUAAAUACACCUCUAUCUAGAUGAUUUUAAGAAGCAUAACACAUACUUUUAUUCAAAAAUUAAUAUAAUAAUUAGAGAUAAUAUAAACUGUGCAUAAUUUUAUUAGCAGUAUAAAAAAAUAAGAUAUCUUGACAGCUUUCUGGCAAUAGUAACUUGCAAAAUUAGUCACUUAAAUAUAAAUUUACCUACACAUAAACGCACACAAAUAAAAAUUAAAAAAAAAAAAAAAAAAAAAAAA